AUGGGUGACGACCUGGGCUUAAUCACCCGCCGCAUUGAAGCCGCUUCGACAGGCAAGAUAUUAGACCGAGGGGGCCAGGACGAGGCCGUUCGAUUUCGUAACCCUACGGACUUGCCUGAGAUUAUGGAGGCAUGCGAGAUUUUGAUCGAACAUCUGAAGAGCAUUCGCGGAUCAAUAUGGCUGGCGGCAACCAGGCUGCGGGUCUGGAUGACGCCGUCGUGGAAGCGAGCCUGGGCCAUCAAGGAGGAAGCUAUCCUGACGCUUGUUGAGAGCUCUCAGAGUAGGAGAAUGUCGUCGAGCCACCGCGAGAUGGUCGACGAGACCUUCACAUACAUUGCCGGUGGGCAUGAGACGACACAGAAAACCACGAAAUGGAGCAUGAAGUACCUCACAGCGAACCAGGGCAAGCAGAGCAAGCUGCGCGAUACGCUGCUAAAGCUCUUCCCGGACCCGUACCUCGACGCGAGCACGCGCCGCACGACGCAGGACGUCGUCGUGCUCGGUCACCGCAUCCCCGCCGGCGUCGACGUCUUCAGCGCCCCCAGCAUCCAGAGCUACGAGGACAUGGACGACUUCGUCAUCGACCCCGCGCUCCAGUCGCCGACCUCGAAGCAGCGCGAGACGGGUCCCUGGCGCCGUGGUACCAAGGGUCUCUACCAGCCCGAGCACUGGAUCGACACCCAAGGCAAUUAUAAUGGCUACGCAGGCCCCAUGAUACCCUUUGGAGCUGGUCCGCGGGGCUGCUUUGGGCAGAGAUUGGCGCGCAUGGAGCUGCGCAUCAUGAUAGUCAUGCUGGUCCUCAGCUUCGAAUUCAAACUGAUCUCGGACGCCUACGCAAGCUUCAGGGCAGCGGAGAUUGUCAAUCGGGGGCCGCAAAUCACGUACAUCAGACCCGUCCUUCGUGUGUGA